AUGGUUGACGAGUCCACCAAGUAUCACCAACGCAACGACGACGGUUCUCACGGAUACGGUAGCAUCAUGAGCAUUGAUGGUGAAUUUCUGCGAAACGUGGAGGUGAAGACAGAUGAACGUUUUGGAAACUCACUCAGUGCGCUGUCUAUUAUUCGCUCCGGAAAACUCAUUGGAGUUAUCGAUAAGGAGGCUACAAACGACCCGAACGCGCUGCUUAUUUUGAAUCUCAUUAAGGAAGCUGAAGACAGAAAUCAGGCAAAUAUUACUUUGAGACAAAUCGACAACAGGACCUACCUGCAAACGUCGAGAGACAUCGCCUCAGGUGAGCGUCUUCUGAUGCAGCGUUACACUGAAAGCGUCACCGAAGAUGAAGAAGAGGAAGAAGAAGACGAUGGAGAACAAGAAGUAGACGGUGGAAAUGGAGACGAAGAGGAAGAAGAGGUGGACAUUGGAAUGAAAGAGGAGAGACUUAGCACCGAGGUGGUCGCAACACCGAACGAAUCUCGAGAACACGGGGAACUUGAACCAGGACAACUAACUCCAGAAGGACAAGCUCAUAAGUGCUCGUUGUGUCCGAAGAGUUUCUCAAGUGCAAGCGGACUCAAGCAGCAUUCACACAUCCACUGCAGUUCUAAACCGUUCCGUUGUCAUAUCUGCAACAAAGCCUACACCCAAUUCUCCAAUCUUUGUCGCCAUAGGAGAGUUCACCUGGAUGGAUGGCAGUGUCCUUUGUGUCAGCAAUCCUUACCGUCGCACAACGCUUUAGUUAAGCAUCGACCGUUGUGUGAAAUGGCGUCAGCACUUUACAAACCUUUGCUUCCUCAUUUACCGAUUCCUGGGAUUUCAACGCAAAUUAUUCCUACCUACUGGCCACAUCUGUUACACAUUGCUACCCAGAUGCCUUCUGUCCCAAUUGGAAUGUAUGGACCAAUGGAUGCCUUCAAAAUGAUGAACCAUAGCUCUGACGUAGAAAGUUCACCACAAUCAAGGAUUGCUGACCGAGCCAACUCAACAGCGAUGGAAGUAAUUUCUCUUUUCCGCCAUCAUCGCCAAUGUCAUUGCAGUGGACACGCCAGUGAACAUUCGCCGAACGAAAGAAAAGGCAGUCCUUGCUCAGAGGCCGAAGUUAGCCCUUUGGAUUUGACUACGAAGCGCGAGGAACGGAAAUCCGAAAGCGAGAGCAAUGAUUCCGGAAACGAAGACGAGAAUGAGAUCCAAUCAUUUACGAAGCCAACUGAGUCAAACCAGGCCUGUAUUACGUCGACGAUGAAUCCAUUCAGCUCCUCAGCCUUCCUAUCGUUGCUGCAACGACCGUUCCCCUAUUCAGCUACACCAUCAUUUGGCGUUAGUUCACAAGUAGCUAAGGCAACAAAGGAUCGUUAUACUUGUAAAUUUUGUCAGAAGGUAUUUCCGCGUUCCGCAAAUUUAACUCGACAUCUACGAACACAUACAGGCGAACAGCCGUAUAAGUGCCAGUAUUGUGAACGAUCCUUCUCGAUAAGUUCUAAUCUGCAACGACAUGUGAGAAAUAUUCAUAAUAAAGAACGGCCAUUUCGUUGUCCAAGAUGUGAUCGAUGCUUUGGGCAACAAACGAAUCUUGAUCGGCAUUUGAAGAAGCACGACGCUAGUCCCGAUCUCCCACUUGCCACCAUGCUCAAAAUUUAG